AUGAAAAAAUAUUACUUCGCUGCGAAACAACUAAGCAAUUCUCCUCCAAAUGCUCUCCGUCGUCUGCAACAGGAGCUUGUUGAUGUGACUGAUAAUCCAAUCGAGGGUAUCAAAGUUCAUUCUGCUGCCGAAGAUAUCUUCAUAUGGAAGGUUGCCAUAUUUGGUGCGCCUGGAACGUUCUAUCAGACGCUCAAGUUCCCGCCCAGAUAUCCAUUCGAGCCUCCUUCCAUGCGCUUCGAUAAUCCACUCUUUCAUCCUAAUGUGUAUAAGGACGGAAGAGUAUGCAUAAGCAUCUUGCACCCGCCUGGACAGGAUAAGCUGAGUGGAGAAUCGGCCGCCGAACGUUGGAACCCUGCUCAUGGCGUCCGCAGUAUUCUACUCUCCGUGAUAUCGAUGCUGAAUGAGCCUAACAUUUCUUCACCGGCAAAUGUGGAUGCUUCUGUGAGCUACCGCAAGCAUAAGGAGAAUGGCAACAAAGAGUUCCCAGAUAUAAUAAAGAAGAUGGUUGAAAAGUCGAAGGCGGAGGCAGCUAAGGACGGGGUGAAGGUACCUGAAACUGAGGAGGAGUACGUAAUCAGAGCUAGAGUAAGGCGUCAGUAA